AUGGCUACGCUUUCAAACCUAACACUUUCUGGGAAAGUGCUAACAAACCCUAACAAUGGGGGAAAGCUGGCUUUUCUGGAUAUGUCUCUAGAUGACAUUAUAAUCCUUAAAAGGAUAGAAACUACCUGUGUGGAAGACAUCAAGAAUAAAAAACAGAACAAUAAAAAACCUACAGCUUCAAAACGGCGAUCAAAUGCUCGUAGACAACGCAGGCAGAAAGGGUGCACAAAAUUCCAAAACAAGCUUGACGAAAAAGUUGAUGAUCAAAAAUCACAAGAAGAACCUUCUGGAGCAAAGUCUGGACAAAGCCCUUUAAGUAAGCAGCCUUCAAUUGAGCAGGAGAAGUGCAAUGACAAUAAUAAGACCCAAUCAGAGAGGAAUCAAGGCCAAUCAGAAGAAAAACAGCAUCAAUCAGAAGGAAAUCGAGGCCACUUAGAGAGAUCUCAUAGCCGAUCAGUAAGAUCUCCUGACAAAUCCAAGAGAUCUCAUGGUCAAUCAGAGAGAUCUCGUGGCCAAUCCGAAAGAUCUCGUGACCAAUCAGAGAUAUCUCAUGGUUGCUCAGAGGGAUCUCAUGGUCGCUCGGAGGGAUCUCGUGGUUGCUCGGAGAGAUCCCGUGGUCGCUCGGAGAGAUCCCGUGGUCGUUUGGAAGAUCUCGUGGUCAUUUGGAGAGAUCUCGUUGCCGCUUAGAGAGAUCUCAUGGUCGCUCAGAGAGAUCUCAUGGUCAUUUGGAGAGAUCUAAUGGUCAUUCAGAGAGAUAUCAUGAUCAUUCAGAGAGAUAUCAGUCAAUCAGGGAGAUCUUAUGGCCAAUCAGAGAGAUAUCGAAGAUAUUCACCAGGAGGAAGAUUCAAAUCAUCACCGGAAACUGAGUCCGAAUUUGACAGGUGCCUAAACGCGCAAUCAGACAUGGAAGAGAUAGAACCGAGAUUCAAGCAACUGAAGAUCGACCCGGAGAAGCCCCCAUUCAAAAGGAAGAGAUAUCAAAAAAAGACAAAGAGAAACCAGAUUGACUCAGCCAAAAAGCUGAUUUCAUGGGAAGACGUGAAGAAGCUAACAACACAAGCUUCCCUAAUAAUUCGACUCCUAGGAAAAAACAGGACCCCAGUCUUGAUGGUAUCGAUAGUAAUUGCCCUGCUGGGCUGUCAGGAUGGCGAGUCUUCGAAACAAGCAUGCAGAAACUCAAAAGAGUGA